AUGUGGCGUUACGCUGGUGUAUCAUAUAAUCGAUAUGCCAUAGAAAUGGCACAAAUCCUUUGCAAGUGUCUAAAAGAUCCAUUUAGAGACAUUGCACUAUCCCGUCAUUCAAUUAAUAUCAAAGAAAAUAUAUUUGGAAAGGGAGAUGGUCAUAAUAAAGUAUUAGAUAAUUUGGAUAUCGCAUUUGAGAAGAGCGUACAAUCCAACAAUUAG